AUGCCAUUGGCAUGUGUUAUAUCUGCUUGUACCAGCAAGCAAAAGGUUGGCAAGAGUGGUUCAAAGAAAACACAAAAAUUAAAAAAAAAGCAAAUUGCAUUUCACAGGUGAGGCUACUAUACUCCUAUAGCAAAGAGUUUAGGCAAAAUAAGAAAUUUUAUUAGUGCUACAAUUGAAUGUAAACAUUAGCAAUCUAGCAAACUAAAUGGAUGCAGACAUACAAAAUGUAAAAAUUCAAAAAUGUAUUUAAAUAACAAGGCUGUUCAAACAAUAAUUUACAUAAUUAUACAGUAUAACAAUACAGUUUGACAAUAUGAACUAGUCAAUUGAAAGCCUGGCCCGGGCAUAUAGUAGGACUUUGCAGGGGAAAUAUUGUUUUUUUACAAAUGUUGCCAAUUUGAUACUAGCUGGGAUUUAAAAAUUUCAUAAAGCCAGGUAUAAUAGCUGGGGUUUAACUUGUGUGAAACAGGGCAAAGGAACAGCAUUUUUGAGCCAGGAUUUCAAGACCUAUGAUACUGUAUGUUAAAAUCCCUGCAUAGUCCCAGGGGUUGGGGGAGGGUUUCAAUUGACUAGUGCAUUACACAACAAUAUUAUAAAAAACUGUGCAUUCACCCUGGUGAUAAUUUGCAUUAAAAAUUGAAAUAUUUAGAUUUCCAGUAAAAAAUCCAUCACUACUGGAAAAGUGGGAGGAGUCGGUCAGGAGUGUAAAUGAUUCCAAAGACUGGAAAGCUACAGAAUUCAGCAGUCUCUGUAGCAACCACUUUCACACAAGGGACUAUAUUAUCCCCCCAUCAGAAAAUGAUGCAUGCAGAUUAAAAUCCAAUGCAGUUCCAGAAAUAUUUUCAAAACCUCCUCUUAAUGCUGGCUUGACAAGAUCUUUGCGCAGACGACUUGAAGGAGAAAACCAGUCAAACAAUUCGCUUUCCCCAGAAGCAAAGGUAUUGCACGACCACACUUACUGCAGCAAAUUGACGACAGCAUUCGAGGAUAGCGAGAACAAGGAAAACGACAGGCCAGCACUAGAAGACACAUUAAAAAGAAAAAUUAGGAGCCUACAACAACAACUUAGGCAAAAGAAGGCAAAACAACAAACUAUGGCUGAUGUAAUUCAUGAACUUCAACAAAAACAAAUAAUUGAACAAGAUGAUGCUGAGGUAAUGCAUUCAAAAUUUGAUGGGGUUCAAUUGUCGAUAUUCAGAGACACUAAAAACAAUGUUAGUUGUGCACCCUGUGGAAGGAGAUAUUCUGACCCAGUGAAAGAAUUUGCCACAACUCUACACUACUACUCACCUAAGGCAUAUCAAUAUGUACAAUCCAUCCUCCCAUUGCCAAACCAUCUCUCAUCAGAAAAUGGUCAAGCGUCUUAG